GUUUAGAAGAAGUCAAGAAGAGGAUGUCUGGAAAAAGUUUCAAAAUGAGAGCUGAACACAAAGCUCCUGUAAUAGGGGAGUCCCUCUACCUGUGGGCAGGGAACCAGAUUGACUUACCUAAAGUUCAUGACUCCCUUCAAAAGAGGGAACUGACCUCAAGAGUUGAUGUGUACCAGCUUUCUACUGCUGAUUGGUCCUCUCGCCUAACAAGAGGUACUCCUCCAUUAGGAGUAGCUGCCUACUCUUGUACCACCUCUCAUUCUAAUAUUUACUAUUUUGGUGGAUAUUGUGGUCAUGAUGACUGUUACCACAAUACGUUGAAUGUACUGAAUACGAUAAAGAUGGAGUGGACUUCAUGCAGUAAUGUUGAACAGUCGUUGAUGAAGAAAGGCUAUAGGAUAAUAAGAAACUGA